AAACUAUUAAGUUAUCUUUCUAUUUUUAUGUUGUUUAUGUUAUGUUAGUAUUUUAUUGGUAAAGAGUGUUUCAGCUCUUCAUUUAAUAUUGUAUUACUUUAUUUAUCUAUUGUAUCUACGCUUUCAUUUAUUUUUUUUUUAAUCUACUUGUUUUAAUGUCUCAGAAACACAACACCAGUGUUUUAUCGUAAUCAAGUAACUAAAGGCAAAGUUGCGAAGUUAUUCGAUGAGCAUGACAUUUCAAGUUAAGAGUAUCGGGAAUGACAUCAUAGAUAUUUCGGAUCCACCCACUAUCCACUUCAUCUUUUACGUGGGCGUAGUGACGGUCUGAAAGUCACUUACUGACUUCGUGAGUAGUAGUAGUAGUAGAAGAGUGAAUGAAUGGAUCCAUGUCCUUUUCUUUUGUCCAUUAUGGGGAACUUUUUCCUGAACCGUCAUUUCUCCGUGAGCUGUAGACUCCUGUUGGUGCUGUCGGUUACACUGAUGAGCAGAAACUCCGAAGCCCUCCAGGUUAUUGGUGGAAGCGCAACAGUGGUGAAAGGAGGGACCGCUAUCUUACCCUGCAGACUCAUUGAGACCUCAGAGACCCUGACUCAGAUUACAUGGCAGAGGAGAACCAGAGAAAAACCUGAAAAUUACGAUUUCGUUACAAUCCAAUCGGAUGGACCCCAAUAUGUUAAUGGACCUGAUAAUCGAUUUGAGUUUAUUGGGAAUUUUUCUGAUAAAAAUGGAUCUCUACAGUUGUCCAAUGUUCAAUUGAAGGAUGAAGGCAGCUACACGUGCAUCUUCACUUUGUUCCCCAGUGGAAAUCACAAGACAGAGAUACCUCUGAACCUGCUUGUCCCUCCCAUAGACGUGAUGAUCAUUCAACGUUCUGAAGACUCCUAUGAAUGUGUGGCCAACGCCAACCCAGAGGCACAUUUCAUCUGGAGCAGGUCUGAUCAGUCUUUGCCUGAAUCUGGUAUUAAAGUUCAGGGUGCAACUCUGCAGUUUGUGAGGAAGACCUCUGAUCUGAAUGGGCUCUAUCAGUGUGAAGCUGUCAACCCAUAUGGAAGAAAACGUGGAGGUCAGCUCCACGUGUACAUGGAUUUUGGCUCCUACAUUGUUGGCUGGAUCUUAUUUGGUCUUCUGCUUUCCUUGAACAUUGUAGCCGUUUCAGUGUGGUACCUUCGUAAACACAACAAGAGACAACUGCAGAAAGGAACAUAAUUUCAGCAUCUUCUGAUGAUGAUAGCGAAGAUGAGGAAUCACUGACAGAAAGUUGCAGAGAAUACAAAGCAAAUGUUUGUGGAUCAUCUGAUCAGUGAAGAGGACUGGUGUUGUGUUUCAGUUUAUAUCCAGGGCUAUAUUGUUUGAUUCCGUUCCUUCAGCUUCAGUUUCUGUGAAUAUAGUGAACUCUUAAAAUGUUGUCGACCAGUGUAGGGGCCUUGCUUCAGGAGGCUAAAGUACAUUUUGCUGCUGAAAUUGUUCAGUGUUUGUCUUCUGUGAGAAGCACGUCAUACAGCCACGUUUUAAUCCCGUUUUAGAAUAGAAACAUUUUAUUUUUGAUCUAAAUAUAAAUGAUUUAUUGAUUUUCUGAUGGGAGUGUUGUAAACCGGGAGCCAGCAGGGUGUGACGGGUCGCCCACUGUCCUUUCUCGCCCUCUCACUGGAUCUGACAUCAUGACGAACACACACAGGCUCCUGUUCGAGGACUGUGAGGCAACUGACUGUUCGCAGGAUGCCUUCCAGUCUGUUCUUAGUGUGGGCAAAGGAUGCGGUGCACCACAUCCACAUUACCACAUUACCAACCUGUGGCCCUGACACUGGUGAUCAUGAAAUGCUUGGAGAGACUGGUGUUGCAGCAUGUCACAGCUUUGACCAGCACCAGUUUACCUACUGUCCAACAGAUCCACAGAGGACGUUUUCUCCAUCGCCCUCCACAUCGCUCUCAGCCACACUGAAAGCCCCCAAACAUACAUCAGGAUGCUGUUUGUGCUUCAGCUCGGCUCAACUUUCACUCCAUCAGCCAACUGAUCAACAGACCCCAGCAUACCAGGAUGGGCACCUCCACAUCCUCCACCAUCCCUAAUGCUGGUGUUCCUCAGGGCUGUGUUCUGGGUCCAGUCUUCAUUGACCUCCCGAAGUCAAGGACCAUACUGCACUCAGGCCCGAGCAUAGGUGUGUCUCAUCCCAGCACCCCUAAAAAUAAGAAUUGAAAAAGUGAUAAGAUGAUUGAUAAGAUGACAAAACCACCUAAGGUUAGGUUAAGAAAGAGUUUCAAAUAUCAUACAGGGACAUUUAUAUACAUUAUUUGGGAGUUUUCUGUCUUCCUCAUUAAACUUUUGGUGAAGUUGA